UAUUAAUCAGGAUAUGUGUCAGGAAGGUUACCAAUCAACUCGAGUAAUAUUCAUGAGCUCAGGUUUCCCCGUGAUUCUGCCUCCGGUUCACACAAACCGUUGCGUAAAACAAAACUGGGUAUUAUUUAUCACUUUAUUAAAUUAAAUUAUUAUAAAUAUUAUUACACUGUUUCUAAUCGCAAAGCGCGUGCGUGACGCGUCGGUGGGCGUGGCCCGGUAAGCCAGACGUCACACCUCCGACCGUACCGAGAGGCUGAACCGACCGAGUCCGCCGCCGAAGAACCGCCUUCAGCAGCAGCGCACUAGGCGGAGAUCCCGGACGGAUCCAGAUGUGUGACUGUUAAUGUGAGCUAACGUUCCGCGCCGAACUCAGGGAAUCAAGCGCCAUGGCUCGGGUCGGUAACGGAGCGGACGGCGCGGAACCGGAGGAGGACUGUUUUGAAGAUGCUUUCGAUCGCAUUCCAGUGGCGUCUAAGAUGGAUCUGCGUGCGUCUAUAGAGGAGUGCAGCAUGGCCCUCAACCUCGUCCUCAACAACAAGUUCUCUGAAGCGCUGGAUCUGCUCAGACCCUGGUCUAAGGACAGCAUGUAUCACGCUCUGGGCUACAGCAGUAUUCUGGUCAUGCAGGCCACCAUGACCUUCGAGCACAAAGACAUCCAGGCCGGGAUGGCGACCAUUAAAGAGGCCUUACAGACCUGCCAGAGGUUCAGGAAACGAAACUCGGUGGUGGGGUCCAUCUCCAGCCUGAUGUCCAAGCAGUCGCCAGACAGCCUGAAAGCAGACGAGAUGCAUGCGGAGAUCUGCUACGCUGAGUGUUUGCUGCAGAAAGCCACGCUGACAUUCGUGCAGGAUGAAAACAUGAUCAGUUUUAUUAAAGGAGGAAUCAAAAUACGUACAAGUUAUCAAAUCUACAAGGACUGCCAGAGUUUGUUGAACAUGUCUCAGGGAGUGGGCGGAGACAGCGAGGCCUUCAGACAGUUUGAGGGCGGAGUCAAGCUGGGGAUUGGCUCCUUCAACCUGAUGCUGUCUUUACUACCUGCACGAAUCCUUCGACUGCUGGAGUUUAUCGGCUUCUCAGGGAACAGAGUGAGUGACACACACUUCAGAUCAGACACACACAUAGCGUUACUCAAUGAAAUGUCAAUGUUCUUCCCCCAGGGCUCAAUUAUCCUGUUUUACUCGGCUCGCAUCGCCUUACUGAGGGGAAACUUUGAGAAGGCGCUGGUGAAGUUCCAGGAGUGUAUCUCCGCGCAGCAGCAGUGGCGUCAGAUCCAUCAUCUGUGUUAUUGGGAGCUGAUGUGGUGUCACUCGUUCCAGCAGCAGUGGAGAGACGCGUAUCGAUACGCAGACCUGCUGUGCCGAGAGAGCCGCUGGUCUAAAGCCAUCUACGUUUAUCAGAAAGCUGCCAUCCUGAGCAUGAUGUCUGAGGAGGAGCUGAAGACGAGCGGAGAGGACGAGGUGGAGCUGUUCAGGCAGGUGGAGGGACUGAAGCAGCGAUUGGCCGGGAAAUCCAUCCCGACGGAGAAGUUCGCCAUCAGGAAAUCACGCAGAUACUCGUCAGCCGUGCCCGUUAAACUGGUGAUUCCUGCGCUGGAAAUGAUGUAUGUGUGGAACGGCUUCACUAUAGUUGGGAAACGUGCGGAUGCCACUGAGAGUUUACUGAUCACCAUCGAGAGAGCGGAGGAGCAGCUACGCAACGAUCCCAACCCGUCUGAGUUCCAUCCUGAUGAUCAGUGUCUGGUUCAGAUGUUGAAGGGUUUGUGUUUGAAGCAUCUGGGCCGAUUACUGCAGGCUGAGCUCUGCUUCACACAGGUGCUGAGCAGUGAGAAGCACAUCCGUUACGAUCACUAUCUGAUCCCCUUCACCCUCUAUGAGCUGGGUUUACUCUACAAGCAGCAGGGCGAUUACAUCAAAGCCACGCGCUUCAUCGAGGACGCCAAGUUGAAUUAUAAGGACUAUUCAAUGGAGUCUCGUCUUCAUUUCCGCAUCCACGCGGCUCUCAGCAGUCUGAAGGGUUCUCCGACAAACUCGCCGUGAUGACAGACGAUCAGCGCUGACGCGGAAGAACACGACAAGCACAUCACGACGGUCACUGAAGCACCAAAACACCAAAGCAGCGCGGCGUAGCGAUCUGUAGAGAAACACAUUCACUGACCAUUUCAAACCAAAGUCGCCGUUCAGUCAUCAGUAACUAGCAGACAUGUACCUCAAACCUGACGAUUUGAACACUUAUUCAUCCAUGUAGUUUAAAUACAGAGUCUUACGUUUGUAAGAAAGUCGGUGACAUCCAAUCAGAAAACAGUUGCUGUAAUGAAUGUAACGUUUUAUUUUAAAGACCAAAUAUGUUUGUCUGCUUGUGUGUGUUACAUUGUGUGCCU